AUGCUUUGCUGUGUGGAUGAUACCAGCGACGACAAGUACGGUGUUCGAGAUGGUGGUGUAACGGAGAAGGGAAAGCCGUGGGAAUCUGUCGCGCGCAACAACCUCCGCGUCAAGCUCGCCGAUCUCGUCAGCGUUCACCAGUGCUUCGACAUCAAGUACGGCAAGCGUAUCCAUGUUCUCCCCUUCGACGACUCGAUCGAGGGCCUCAGCGGCAAUAUCUUUGAUGUCUACCUCAAGCCCUACUUCCUCGAAGCAUACUGUCCAGUGCGCAAAGGCGAUACUUUCCUUGUUCGUGGUGGCAUGCGGACGGCGGAGUUCAAGGUCAUCGAGACCGAUCCCGCUGAGUUCUGUAUUGUUGCCCAGGACCCCGUUAUUCACACUGAGGGCGACCCAGUAAAGCGCGAAGAUGAGGAGGCUAACCUCGCCGAUGUGGGUUACGACGAUAUCGGUGGCUGCCGCAAGCGGAUGGCCCAGAUUCGCGAGCUCGUCGAGCUUCCCCUCCGCCAUCCUCAGCUCUUCAAGUCAAUUGGUAUCAAGCCCCUACAAGGUAUCCUCAUGUACGGCCCGCCAGGUACCGGUAAGACACUGAUGACUCGAGCCGUCGCGAACGAGACCGGCGCGUUCUUCUUCCUAAUCAACGGCCCGGAGAUCAUGAGCAAGAUGGCGGGUGAGAGUGAAAGUAGCUUGCGGAAGGCGUUUGAGGAGGCGGAGAAGAACUCGCCGGCUAGCAUCUUCAUUGACGAAAUUGAUUCGAUCGCACCCAAGCGUGAAAAGACGAACGGAAAAGUCGAGCGUCGUGUCGUCUCGCAGCUGCUCACCCUCAUGGAUGGUCUCAAGGCCCGCUCAAACGUCGUCGUCGUGGCUGCCGCCAACCGUCCGAACUCCAUCGACCCUGCCCUCCGUCGCUUCGGUCGCUUCGACCGUGAAGUCGACAUCGGUAUCCCGGACCCCACUGGCCGUCUCGAGAUUCUCCGUAUCCACACGAAGAACAUGAAGCUUGCCGACAACGUUGACCUCGAGCAGAUUGCUGCCGAUACCCACGGCUACGUCGGCUCUGAUGUUGCUGCCCUUUGCUCGGAAGCUGCCAUGCAGCAGAUCCGUGAGAAGAUGGACCUUAUCGACCUGGACGAGGACACCAUCGACGCGGAAGUGCUCGACUCGCUCGGUGUUACGAUGGAGAACUUCUGGUUCGCACUUGGCACGUCCAACCCGUCCGCGCUCCGCGAGACCAAGGUCAAGCCCGAGCUCCAGGAGACCGUGCAAUACCCCGUCGACCACCCCGAAAAGUUCCUCAAGUAUGGUAUGGCGCCGUCGAAGGGUGUUUUGUUCUACGGUCCCCCAGGUACGGGUAAGACGCUGUUGGCGAAAGCUAUCGCCAAUGAGUGCAAUGCCAACUUCAUCAGCAUCAAGGGCCCUGAACUCCUCACCAUGUGGUUCGGUGAAUCCGAGGCCAAUGUCCGUGACGUUUUCGACAAGGCUCGCGCCGCCGCACCAUGCGUGAUGUUCUUCGAUGAGUUGGACUCGAUCGAUAAGGCCCGUGGCGGCUCGUCGGGUGACGCGGGCGGCGCGGGCGACCGUGUGCUCAACCAUAUCCUGACAGAGAUGGACGGCAUGAACUCGAAGAAGAACGUGUUUAUUAUUGGCGCAACUAACUGUCCCGACCAGAUCGACUCAGCCCUCCUCCGUCCGGGCCGUCUGGACCAGUUGAUCUACAUCCCGUUGCCGGACGACAGCUCGCGCCUGCAGAUCCUCAAAGCGUGCCUCAAGAAGUCGCCGAUAGCGCCCGAGGUGAACCUGGAGUUCCUCGCGAAGCAGACGCAUGGCUUCUCGGGUGCAGAUCUGACAGAGGUCUGCCAGCGUGCAGCGAAGCUCGCGAUCCGGGAGAGUAUCGAGUCGGACAUCCGGCGGCAGCGUGAGAAACGCGAGAAAGAGGAGGCAGUCGAGGGCGGGGAUACGAAGAUGGAAGAGGACGUUGAGGAGGAGGACCCCGUGCCCGAAAUCACGAGGGAGCACUUCGAAUCUAAUCAUCAGCCGCCGUACAUCACUCAUGCGUUAUACCGCCGCUUAAGCGUACAAGUCGUCGUCCUGCGUGUCGUCCGCGAAGCCCGCGUUGCCCGACGGAGCGGGGGCAUUGCCGCAGGCGCCAGGCUGACCCUCGCCCUCGAGGAAGCGGAAGUUGUUGCCGAAUCCACGGGAUUGUUGUAG